GAUCAAUAGUUUGCUAUGUCCGCGCGCGCAUCUAGAGUUUUUAAGGAAAGGACGUUCGCGGAUGCUACUACAGAUACAUGUAAACACAAGUGAUAUGUAUGUCUCUUUUACAUAUAUCUAACCACGGAUUUGUACUGCAUAAGAGAGAAACUUCCGGGGGUGUUAACAUAUCAUGCUGCAUCUGAACAGGACCGCAUUCAAGUAGUAUAGCGACCACAUCCAUUCCAAUCAUGAGCUAUCUCUCUGGCGUAACGUGUCGAACAUAUGGUGAACUGGAAGCAUGAAAUCAACCAAGUGUGGCGAUUUCACAUGAUGACAUUCUGUCAGAGAAACCGUUAUGUAGUGGUCGACUUCUUGGUUUGAAAAAAAAAAAAUCUGUGAAGAACGAAAAAAAAAUCAAUAGGAAAAGGCCCAAUUCUUCUUUAAAGAGACAGAGGACAAUUAGCGUAGUGAGUGUGGAUUAAUACCACAUGAUCUGAAAAGCUUUACGCGGGCUACAAAUUGGUAGUGAUGUUAGACGAACUAGUGUCUUCUCGGUGUCUGCAGUCAUCGGUUAGGCCCUGUGUGGGCUGUUUUUGCUCCGUGUCCAGGAUUAAUGCUGCACCAUGUGCUUCGCUUUGACUGCACAGUGGUCGGUAAUUUAAGCCACGCGCCCGUUUAUCCCCUUUCAUCAGCUUUUGUUCACUGUUUUGCAGGAUAUCUUUCCAAAUUUAGUCUAAGGGACUUUCUUUUCUUCCAAGGAAUUAUAGAGCGGAUAUUGACUUUGAAGCUGCUGUUGUCUAGAAGGGUACACAAAACACAACUCCAUAAAAGGUUAAGUUUGCCUCCCAGAAGGAACGUUUCUGCGACAUUCCAGUUUACCGCCAGUCUCCUCCUCCAUUCAUCUACCUCAACAUUCCCAUUUUUUCUCCAAAAAAGAACCAGUUUACCGAAUACCAAUUCAUAAUCACUUGACGGACAUUCCACUGAGAUUUGAAAAGAAGUAUCCAUUGAAUUGCGAAUGUGCACUGUACUGUUUUUGAAGUGAAAAUAAUUACUUUCUCUCCGAAAAUAAAAAUAUAUUUGUAAAUAUAUAUAAUCGAAAGUAUCCUAGAAUGUUGUCACUGCAUUUGUACAACUUGGAUGACUAAGAUUCCCCGGUUUUUUUGUGGAGUCAAAGAAUCAUGACGGGAUGAGAAAAGUGGAAAUCACUGAAAUGAAACUUUGAAAAGUUUUGGCGCUCUCUCGGACAUGGCUGAGAGGCGAUGAAGAAGCAAAACGUUCGGACUUUGUCUCUCAUUGUUUGUACCUUUACGUAUCUCUUGGUCGGAGCCGCAGUCUUUGACGCCCUGGAAUCGCAAAACGAAAGUGACGUCAGGAGAGAACUAAAUAGCGAAGAAAUGAAGCUUAGAACUAAAUAUAAUAUCAGUAUAUCGGCCUAUGAUGAGCUCAGAGCCAAUAUAUGGAAAGUGCAGCCGUACAAAAAUGGCAGGCAAUGGAAGUUUCCUGGUGCCUUUUACUUUUCCUUGACGGUAAUUACAACUAUAGGCUAUGGUCACAGCACCCCCCAAACAGACAGUGGGAAAGUCUUCUGCAUGUGGUACGCUCUCGUCGGCAUUCCGCUUUGUCUCAUCAUGUUCCAAAGUGUGGGUGAACGCCUGAACACAUUUGUGACUUUUCUUCUCAAACACACAAAAAAAUGCCUCAGGCUGAAAAACUGCGAGGUCUCGCAGACAAACUUAAUAAUGGUGGCUACCAUUCUGUCCAGCUUCUACUUGUUUACUGGAGCAGGUGUCUUCACCCACUUUGAGGAUUGGUCUUAUUUGGAUGCAUUCUACUAUUGCUUCAUUACACUAACUACCAUUGGAUUCGGAGACUAUGUGGCUCUGCAGAGUAACAAUGCCCUGCAGGAUAAUCCUGAAUAUGUGACCUUUAGUUUGAUAUUCAUUCUCUUCGGAUUAACGGUCAUCUCUGCAGCAAUGAAUCUUUUAGUAUUAAGAUUUUUAACGAUGAAUACUGAGGAUGAACAAAGAGACGAAUUAGAAGCAGCUGCGGCUGCUCAAACUGCCGUUAGGUUGGAGGGUGACGUCAUUACUUCCAAUGGCAACGUUGUUUCUGGUGCUCAAGAAAACCCGGAAUUCAAUGACGUCACAUCUGUGUGCUCAUGUUCCUGCUACAAUCUGGGAAGGCGGAAUAAAAGCCGAUACACAGUUACUCGACUUCCAGGGAAAAUAUCACAUCUUUUGCCGAUGCACAGUGUCAGUUCUGGCAAAGACGACAACUUUAUGACAGACAUUGAGUCCAAUUCAGUUUUACCUUUUCAGCAUAUUAAUUCAAAACGGGCAUCGGUAUAGCUUUAUCACAUUUCAUUGCGUCAUAUCACACAAAAUGUAUAUAUAUAUCUGGGGAAUGUUUACUUCUAUAUUUUUACACCUGUUAUAUGUACGAGUUGCCAAGAGUGUGAAACUGUUUCCAACUGUCAAUGCAUGCAUCAUAUGUUUAGUUUACCAGAUUCUAUUUUUGCAAUCUUGUGUCAACCUAUCUAUAGCUAUAUAUAUCGUGGAACUUGUUCACAAAUUUGAUGACGCUUUUGGAGACCGUCGCGAUUGCGUACAUAACACUCUGACGUGUAAACUGUUUAUGAGUAAUUUAUUACAUUAGCGGUCGUUCAUCAGUUUAGAUCACAUGAGGAUUGCUACCCUGUCAAUAGCCUGUAACUUGAGUCGGAAUAUCAAUUUUACUGUCGUAUGAUGACCAUGACGAAAACCUGAGGAGAAUAGAAAUAACCUAUCGGGUAAAUAGUAUAUCGAUACCAGCUCGUAGUAUACACUAGUAUAUGUGGGGUUUUUUUAAUUUCUAUAUAAAUACGGUUAUUGGUUAACAAACAAUUUCUUCAAGUUACAGUAGGACUUUGACUUGCAACUUGAGUGACUACCAUCCGUAGAAGCAGCAUUUAUUGUUUACUACUGUUACUUUUCCCUAAGAAGCAAAAAAACAAGGUCCUACGUUUUAUGAUAUAGUCACAUAAUCUAAUGUUAUAUUAUUGUUUCAAAAGAAAUAGUUUUACAAAUAGAUAAAAAUCAGGGAUAAAGAGAUCGUGUACUUUUACCGAAAUGUACAACUAAACAAGCCAAUGCAAGCCCGAUUGAUUUCUAAAUGGACGCGAAAAGGUCCAUAAGGAAUUGUGCAGUACUUCCUGUUUUUAAACGAACCACGGUUAAAGCAUUGUAGAUUAGCUUAGCGAUGCAAAAACAAAAGUUCAGAUAAAAUGAAAGUGCAUAAUUAUUUUCAGUGUGUGUUCCGCGAGCCGAUUUUUGUCGACAUAGAAUUUCCUAGCGUUUGUGUAUUGUUUUUAUUUAUUUAUUUGAUUUCAGCAUUUUGCAUGAAGUUUCACCCCAGCAAAUCAUGAACUUAUCUUUUUAUGUAGCCGAGGAUUCUCCAGAUUUCGUUGUUAUAUAUUACAGUAUAUUUUCUUGUUAUAAUGAAGAGGGAUUGAAGUAAAUGUUGAAGUGAAUGAACGGCCAAAGCAAUAAAAUGUAUGCCUGUGACGUAUAAUGUAUGAAUGGGAUAUAUCUUCUCUUCGAAAUGUCUUAGGGCAAAAAUGAAUCAUUAGACAUGGAAAACGAAACUAAAAUAUGAAGGAAUGCUUUUUUUCUUGAGGAUAUUUUCUUGGUUUUUUUUUUCAAAAAAUAGAAGAAUUGUGAAUUACUAGUAUAACAAAUGUAUUAAAAUUUCUUCGGUAAGUGUUUAAAAGUAGAUAAAAAAUAAAAUGAAAAACAGAGGAUGGUGUUAGGAGUAUGAAGAGAGAAAGUAAUGCCCGUAAAGACAGAUUCCAAUUAUUUUUUUCCUUUCUUCUACACAUUGUUCAACUAUGAUAAAAAGGAAAUCAAAACGUCAUUUCAGACCCAUGAAUAGCGUGUAGCAGCGGUGUGUUUAUGUUUAAGUUAUAUCAAUGUCGGCAGUUUGAUAUCCGGUUCCUUUGAACUGGAUAUUUCCGACAAGUUGUUCAUACUACGCUGCAACAUAUGGCAUCCAAAUGUUGCAACAUUCACUCAUAAUCCUCAUAAAUAUAAUUAUUUUGGGAAAGGAAUUGGUAACUCAUGUUCACAAGAAAUAUACUGUUUCUUUUUCGUUAUCUCUCUUUGUUUUCAAAUUUAAAACUUGUAUUAAUGACAAUGAAGAGAAUAAUUAUGGUUCUAUACAUUAAACACAAUUUAUUCCUUUUGUCCUUCUCUUUUUGGUUAUCGGGAUAUGCAUGCAAUAUUAGUACUAGUAAGUAAAGUGUUUUUAUGGUUCUAUUGCUAAAUUUGCACCAUCAAGUCAUGCAAUCUAAGCUAGAUUACACUGAUAAGAAAAACGAUAUUUGAUAAGAAACAAAUAGUUUUCCAUUAAGAAAUAUUCUUUAAAAUACUUAUCAUUGCCCGGCCUUUCAACCCACAAAGCAAUUCUAUUAUGGCAUGCAAAGAUGUAUACCAUCUUUAUGUAAGAACCAGUGUGAAUUAUUAUUAUCAUAAUGUAUAUGUUUUAUGUUAUUUUCUUAAUUUCAAUGAACAUUUUUUAAAACGGGAUACGGCAAUUCUUUUGUUGUGGGUUUUUUUUAUUUUAUUUUGUCUUAACUCCUAAUGCAGGGUGUUGCAAAUUCCUUCUUCCAUGACCAUAAAAUGUGUGAAUAAGGGCUGAACUUUUUCAUAUUUUUUGAAAAUUAAAUAAAUUUUAUACAAAGUU